CAAAUAAGGCAUAAGGGAAACGAUUCCUGGGUUCACGACUCCGUCUCGGUGACGUAUAGGUGACCGCCUUCCCAAACCCUUAAAUAUGCAGAGCCUUGGGAGUCGACACUUACUUCGUAUCCUUGUCCCCCCCUCGCAUUUGGUUUUUUCGUUCCUUACUGAUCUGGCUCGUGCGCCAUGUCAAUUUAUUCGAAUUGUUCAAUGGGAUCCGACUCGGAGAGUUCAUUAUCACUCGAAAAGACUCGUUUAUUGAGGGUACAGCCAUCUGGUACCCAUAAGAUUCACUACAACGCUCUAAGCGACUAUGAUUUUAUGCUCAAGACAUCAAAGCCCAUCGAUAUCUCUCUGGCGCUACCACACUAUCGUGCGCGCAAUCAGCCAGUAGAUCAUCGUUUGGCCAUGUUUAUCAGUACCGAGACGUCACCGAUCAAGCUCAAAGUUGUAAGUGUCACCUCUUCACUUGCUGCACCAUGUCUCAACAUCUUUUCACAAUCACAGUGCCGUGCCAUACCUCGUUGCAAAUUUUUCCUUGAUAUCCGAACUACCGCUUCCAACGUGACCGUUUGGUUGCCCUCGGAUUUUCGAGGUCACAUUCGUUGCUCGGGCACGCCAUCUUUCUCAGCUGGUUUUGUCAACCGCAUGAUUGCAAAUGUCCGCGUGAAUGAAGCAAUGUCAAUGGAUGACAAUUGGGAUGGUGACGAAGUAUGGGUCGAUACCUGCGGCCUGGUGACGUUCAGGAUGUGGGAUGUUCACACAAACGCUCCAGAAAGCCAGCCCAAAGAAACGUUGAAACGCAUUUUUGGUUCGAGUUCUAAGAAAUUACCGCAGAGGAAUUUUAAUUGGGAUUUUCUUCUUGAGGAUUGAGAGUUGGGUCAUGUUGAUUAUUUCGUCGCUCUUUUCGGUUUCUGACUUCAUUCGAAUUCUACACACUUCUUACACGCUGACUGUUAAUGGAUUGGUCUUUAGGUUACCACUCUUUUAUAUCCCCAAUGUAGCAUGCUUCCAUUCACUCAGGACAAAUGUAGCCAAAAUUUUAUACCUUACCGCAAAUACCACUGUAUCAAUAUGUUUCUCUCUUCGAACUGGCAGACUUUUAGUACGCAUGCAACAUUAUAAUCGAUUCAACUUUUGAUGUAUAAAGUAUUUGGCUAUCGGCUUGAGAAAUGCGACUAUCCAUAAUGGUUUGCCGCCGGUACUAGAACACGUUCUGGUGGCGGUAAGAUAAUCACAUGGCCUUACGCACAAUAACAUUGAUGCGGUACUUGCCUUGUACUAGUUUUGAUUAAAAUUAGCCACCCCCUUGAACGUAGUCGAAUGUACU